GCGUCACGUGGGCGGCGCGCGCGGUCACGUGAGGCGCCGCCGCCGCCGCCGCCAUGUCGGGCUUCCCGGAGCUCUACUUCAACGUGGACAACGGCUACCUGGAGGGGCUCGUGCGCGGCUUCAAGGCGGGCGUGCUGCGCCAGGGCGACUACGUGAACCUCGUGCAGUGCGAGAGCCUCGAGGACUUGAAACUGCACCUGCAGAGCACAGACUAUGGGAAUUUCCUGGCCAACGAAGCCUCCCCCCUCACCGUGUCCGUCAUAGAUGACAAGCUGAAGGAGAAGAUGGUGGUGGAGUUCCUUCACAUGAGGAACCAAGCGUACGAGCCGCUAGCAAGUUUUCUGGACUUUAUCACGUACAGCUAUAUGAUUGACAAUGUCAUUCUGCUGAUCACUGGGACUCUGCACCAACGUUCCAUUUCCGAGCUGGUGCCCAAGUGCCAUCCCCUGGGCAGCUUUGAGCAGAUGGAAGCCGUGAAYAUCGCGCAGACGCCCGCAGAGCUGUACAAUGCAAUCCUGGUGGACACUCCUCUGGCCGCCUUCUUCCAAGAUUGCAUCUCGGAACAGGACCUGGAUGAAAUGAACAUUGAGAUCAUUCGAAACACGCUGUAUAAGGCGUACCUGGAGUCCUUCUACAAGUUCUGCAAGGCGCUCGGGGGUACCACAGCAGAUGCUAUGUGCCCGAUCUUGGAGUUUGAAGCUGAUAGGAGGGCCUUCAUUAUCACCAUCAACUCAUUUGGUACUGAGCUCUCCAAAGAAGAUCGAGCAAAGCUCUUCCCUCACUGUGGCAAGCUCUACCCCGAGGGCCUGGCUCAGCUGGCCAGAGCAGAUGACUACGAACAAGUCAAAAAUGUUGCCGACUACUACCCUGAGUACAAACUGCUGUUUGAAGGUGCUGGCAGCAACCCAGGAGACAAGACCCUUGAAGACAGGUUCUUUGAACACGAGGUGAAGCUGAACAAGCUUGCCUUCCUCAACCAGUUCCACUUUGGAGUCUUCUAUGCCUUUGUGAAACUGAAGGAGCAGGAGUGCCGCAACAUUGUGUGGAUUGCAGAGUGCAUCGCCCAGCGGCACAGGACCAAGAUCGACAACUACAUUCCUAUCUUCUAACCCUUCCUUGUUCUCGCAUGACCCUCCUGCCCCUGGAGUCCAGAGGGACCCUUGCCCAUCUUCGAUAUGCUCCCUGAGUUAUCCCUUCAUCAGGCUCCAGGGAUGUCCCUCAUCCGUAGAACCGGCUCCGCUGGGAAUCUGUACAGUUCAUAGUUAAAUUAUUUGCAAGCUGAAGCUGUUUGAGUUGUGUGUGCUGUGAGCGCUCCAGAGGGGCCAGGGGCUGCAGCCAGUGCAGCUGCGUGGCAGGAGGGCUCCCGUUGUGCAGCUCGUAGUCCCUGUGUCUGCUGUAGGUGCUUACCCAGAGCGAGCACCAGCCGGCGGCUGCUGCCUCCACGUGGUUCCCCCUGCAGGAGGACGCGUCGGCGCUGCGAUGUCCACGUGUCCUCCCUGUCAGCGCUCCGAGAACGCCUCCUAGUCAGUGUUGUCCCCGUGAGGCAUGGUCCGAGUGUGCGUUAUAGUAUAGCCAGUGCUGCUGUGUAAUCCCUGCAAUCUCCCUAGCAUCCCCCUGGCUGGAACUGGGACAGCUCCUAAGGGAAGGCAAGAGCAGAGCAGUGUGCUGCUGUCCUCUCCAUCUGCACUAGAGCAGCCCCUGGUAGGCCCUCAAAAGCAGCUCUGGCUAUUUUUCCUCCUGCCCUCGAGCUUGGAGGAGACAUGUAGCCUGUCCAAGCUCCUUCCUCUCUGUCUGCCCCUGGCUUGGAGCUAGCCUGGAGUCCMCAGGUGUCCUGCAUGAUGCCCACACAGGAAUCGGGGCUACUUCUGGCCCGUGUGGUUGAUGCAUUUAUGAUGGAGCCACUGCACUGGCAUAGGGACAGUGUCCAGGCUGGUGGGGAAUGACCACCCGACGUGGGGCAUCCRGCUGCCACUUCCCCUUAGCCAUAUGGGCAAGUUCUGCAGAGCAGCUCUUGGGCUCUGGCUGGUCGCUUGGUCACUGUGCUCAGUACAGAAGACUUGUUGGCAGUCUCUCCCUCCUCAUGGAGGCACAUGGCYUGUGUUUAGGAGGUAGGAGCCAAGCCAGAGCCAUGGUGUGGCAGCCCAGCUCCCUUCCUCACGUGUGAUGUGGCUCGCACGUGUGCUCGAGGUUACUUGGGCCUGCUGGGAGGUGCCCGGUGUCGAUGUGGCAUCAAAGAUGCUUUGCUGAUGGGGAAACGUGUGUGCUCUGCACUGCCACGGGCAAGGGUUGAGGGAUAAGAGUGGCCCUGUCCCAGCCCGAGCUGUGUUUGUUAUCCUGGCCAUCCUCC